AUGAGCAGCUCGACAUCAUGGCAUCUGCUACCACCGGAAUUGUUAGAGCUGCAAAUUGGUCAAAUCGACCUCUUGGUCGCGAUGUAUCUCGAGGACAUCAUGCUCGAUGACCAUGCCCAAAGGAUGCUGGACACCUUGCGCAGUGCAGCCGACGACGCUGGAACUGAUGCAUUCAGCGUUGCGCCUGCAGUAUCGAUCAGUCUAAAGCUAUCAAUCGUAGAUGAUGAUAGCCCGAAAACGCAAUUUGUACAAUUGGACCUCACCGCCCCUUUCACAUACGAAGGUUCUCAAAGUCCUGACGAACCGCCGAAGUUCAAGGUUCGGAUCCAGCAGCCAUCAUGGCUGAGCAGGGCGGCUACGAGUCAACUCCAAGAUGAGAUGCCUGACGAACACGAUCUGCUUGGAACCUUAGAGCACAUCAAAGAAACAGCCGCACAUGCACACGCAGAGUCACUCUCGUCACAAGCAGUGUCAACUGCUGCAGUUGCUGACGCCGGGCCGCUCGUUCGAGUCUGGUUCUACUUUCCGUCGAUCAGCACACGCUCCAAGCGUGACGAUUUCAUCAAGUUUGCUCCCGCCUAUAACCUCACUGGCUUUCUGUACGCUGGUAAACCGGGUCUUCUUUGUGUGGAAGGGGGAUCACAAAGCAUCGAUGAGUAUAUGCGGUUCAUCAAGACUGAAAGCUGGGGUGACAUCCCAGCACAUCACAAGAAGGUCAGUGAACGGUAUCGCGAAACUGCAGAACGUGUUUUCCGCGACAUGACUGAGAUCACGGACAUUGUGGGCGAACGAAGAGGCCAAAGGCAGAACAGGGGUGAUAUGAAGGCUGUUGAGGAGUGGCUGGACGAACGAGGGUUGAAGGAAGCCUUGACAAAGGUUUUGAUGUGA